AUGAGUAUCAACCGCGUCAUCCUCGUCACGGGCGCUUCGGCUGGUAUUGGCCGCGCGUGCGCCAUAGGCCUCUCCAAGGCGUUUCCGAGCCCGACGCAUCCCGAGCCAUUGGUCCUGGCGCUUGUGGGCCGGCGCGAGGACGAGCUCAACGCCACGGCAGCACUUUGUCGUGAGGGGACGGUGACUGAGGUGCUGCGUGGUGACGUGAGCUCGGACGAGGAUGUGGGUCGAAUCUUCCGCACGAUACAGGACAAGUAUGGGCGGCUGGAUGUACUUUUCAACAACGCCGGCGUCAACCUCACAAAGGGAAGUGCGCUCGAGGACAAUGACAUGGACAAGUUCCGCAUGACGCUCGACAUCAACGUCAUGGGUGCGGUGCUGUGUACCGCCGAGGCGAUCAAGAUCAUGAAGGCCCAAACACCCCCGGGUGGGCGGAUCAUCAACAACGGCUCGAUCUCGGCGUGGUCUCCUCGUCCCGAUAGCACGGCUUACACCGUGUCUAAGCAUGCGAUCUUGGGGUUGACACGGAGUACAUCCCUCGAUGGACGCAAGUAUGGGAUCACGGCGACGCAGCUCGAUAUCGGAAACGCACUCACCAAUCUCAGCAGCAAGAGUGCCAAGGGCGUGCCCCAGGCGGAUGGGAGAAUUGCGGCCGAGCCCAUGAUGCCCGUCGAGCGGGUGGCUGAGACGGUUGCGUUCAUCGCGGCGAUGCCACCUGAUGCGGAUGUGCUGCAGCUGACAGUCAUGGCGCCGUCGAUGCCAUUCGUAGGUCGCGGAUAG